GGAAGAUCCUGACUCUCUGAUGGCUCUGUUUGUGUUGACAGUGCUCAGCCUCUGCCUGCCUGUGUGGAGCGCUGUGAAGGUGGUCCAGCCCUAUAAAGUGGUGAGCAGCAAUGGUACGGCUCUGGUUCAGUGCUUUCUUCACCCCCAAUCCUUCCACCACCAGAGUCCCCUCCCCAACAACGACCUGUCGUACCCGUUCCCUGAACCUGAGGACCUGCGGGUGACUCUGCUGCGAGGCCUCCACGGAUCCACCAAGAUCUGCUCCUCCAUCCUCAACCUCACAGGGCCGAUAGAGACGGGGGAGGAGGGAGAGGUAAAUGUGCAGUGCUCUGCUCAGAGGAGAGAGGGCGCUCUGGAGCUGACGGUAUCCGGACUGAGAGCCACAGACACAGAUCUGUAUCGCUGUGACAUAGAGAUCUUCUACCCUCCACCGUACUUGCGGUUCACUGGAAACGGCACCCUCAUUCACAUCUUAGGCAGCGCUGACUGUCCGGCGCCGGGGGCUCAGAGACAGAUUUCAAACAAAGAAGAUGAAGGAGAGGAAGAUGAGGAUGAAGAGACGGCGGCACCAGUCAGUGUUCUUGUGAUCGUCCUGGUGAUACUGGUGCUGUUCGUCCUCAUCAUCAUUAUGUACCUCCAGGCCUCACAGUGCGAUCGAGGGAGGAGGGAGAUUAUCAGACCGGUUCACACGGUGGACGCUGCAGCAUUUUCAUGUGAAAACUUGGCAUGAAAAUCAGAUUUGAUAGUCAAGUUGGGCCUAUUUCGUCCAUCUUUGCCUAGUAUAAUUAAAGUACCAUUGAUUUGAAUGGAGGAUAAGAGUAAAUAGGGUCGGUCGUUACCCUUUAUUAAAGAUCACCUCUGUUAUGAGUUUUUUUUUUUACCGAAAGAAGAACAAAUACCAGAAUUGCAUUUUGGUGUGUGUAUAUUACGCUGAUUAAGUAUGAACAAUUAUGUUUACAUUAUAGUAAACACAACUUGUUUUGACUUGUAUUGCUAAUACAGCAAACUACUUUUUUAUUCAAACUGAUGCUGAUGGAGAUGUUUUUUUAAUGAUAUGUAUAAACACAUGUAAAGGGUUGAAUUGUGUUGUUGAAUCUAAAACUGUGGAUCCAUAAAGAAAACGACUUGAUUGAAAGAGAU